AGCUGCUUGGUAACCGGCUAGCAUGUCAGCUAGCUUGAUAAAGCUGACUUCUGAGAGCUAGCUAGCUAGCUAAAUGGCCAGCUGCUUAUAGCCAUAUUGAGUAGGUUCGGGCCCAGCAGGGACAGUCAGCUGUAUUUCUCAGCUGAAGUCGCUGUUAACUGUUAUGCAGUGUUUUGCCCAUCCACAGAAAAUGACAGAAGAAGCUGUCAACAUAAAGUAAACACUGUCCUUAAUAUCUGUGUACUGUUAGCACGAUAGCUAGCCUGUGAGUAUGUGCACUUUGCCUAAUUCAGCAAGCCAGCUAGCUAUCCAGCGAACUUGUUACUUGAAUGUUUGCUUAGCUAGACAGAUGGUGUGUUGUCAAAAUAAUCUUGAGUCGUCAUAAAUUAAGAACAUAUUUAAUUUAGUUUAUUGGUUUUAGUAGAUAAAUAUAGUGUUACAGUUUCCUAGUUUACUAAAAGUAGUUAUUUAUUAAAAUUACUUGAAACCCAGCUGACAUUUGUCCACGGGUAACUCGGAUUCUCGUUGUACUUCCACUAAAAAUAUUUGAUUAAAAGCUACUGUUUGUUACAAGUUGAAGUGUGAAAGAAUAUCUUGAGAUCUGAAAGAAGAUGAACAAAAAGCCGCCUGUUCGCCCAGGAAUCACAUUUGAGGUCGGCGCUAGAGUUGAAGCUCAAGACUACCUACAAAAAUGGUAUCCUUCACGGAUUGAAAAGAUUGACUACGACGAGGGGAAGAUGCUUGUUCAUUUUGAUCGCUGGAGCCAUCGAUAUGACGAGUGGAUUUUUUGGGACAGUGAACGGCUGCGCCCGCUCGAGAAGCCCCCACUUCCCAAAGUGGCACAAAAAGACGAGGCAGAAAUACCUGAGAGUCUCAGCGAGAUUAGACCACCUCGUCUUGGUGAGCUUCCUGGGAGGUCAGAGAACACAGAGGACCAAACAGAAUUACACCAAAAACAAGAUUUGAGAGAUGGUGAGGAGGUUCUGGCCCGCUGGACAGAUUGCCGUUACUACCCAGCCAAAAUAGAGAGUGUGAACACAGACGGUACUUACACAGUGCAAUUUUAUGAUGGAGUUAUUCGAUGUGUAAAACGACUGCAUAUAAAAUCAAUGCCAGAGGACGCUAAAGGCCAGGACUGGAUCGCGUUGGUGAAAGCGGCCUCCGACGCCGUGAAGAGCAAGGGGACCUGCCGACCACGUACGAGUGCCAACAGUAACAGAACCAAAGAGAUGCGGUCGGUGCUGAGGUCAGACAGCGAGGCUGAGGAGGCUCCUGAGGACGAGGAGCUCGACCUUGAGAAGCCAGUGUGUUUAGAGAGUCUGAUCAUGGAAGGAGAAGCCUGUCCGUCGCCAAAGGAGCUUGAAAUGGUGAAAAAGAGAAAGACCAGGCAGAGGAAACCAGUUAAUGCAAGGAAAGGUCACUACAAAAAAGGCAUCACAGUAUCGCAGUCAACAAGUGAGGAAGUAACAGAAGAGCAGGCAGAUGAAGUCAGAGCCUCAGAAGAGCCUCUGCAUGCGUCUUUUGAAGGAACGCAAAGAGCAGUAAUGGUGGGCGAGAGUGUGCCGUCCCCUCCUGCCCCAAGAGCUGCCCCCCCCGCCCAGAACACCCCCAAGCCUCAAAACGUGGAGCUGAAGCUGGACUCCAGCGGGAAUGAGGGGCUAGGCAGGCUGUCCGCUGAUGGGGAGGACGCCCCAGCCGGCAGCCCGGGACUGGGCCCCGCAGAGGAGGCUCAUGCUGAGGGGGCUGUUUCCACUAUUCCCAGCACCCCACGAACCGCAGAGCAUCGCAGGCGCUCCCAGCGGCUAGCCCCCUUCUUGCCCGCCAUCACCUUCGACCCAGUUGCCACAAGCCCAAGCCCUCUCGAUGCACAGGACACAUCCACUGUGGAGAAGAGUGAGUCAUCCCCCGACGAGCCCGUGGUGGAAUCGCCUGCACCGGCGCCCCCUCCCCCACCACAGCAACCCUCCCUCUCAGUGCCGGACAGGCAGCCUGAUGGUGAUGCAUCAAGUUGUGGUGCAGCUGAAGAAAAGCCUGCUCCACUGGCAGCUGAUGCUGGUUUGAAGGUUCCAUCAAGAAAUAAACAAAACAAACACACUAGAGAGCCAAUAAUAAACCUUAAGAAAUCUGAAGGCUGUACGUCCCCUAAAGAGCUGCUCAUUGACUUGGACCACAACAAGUUCAAAUGCAAGAUUCCAGAAUGUGGCAAGGCCUUCCGGAAAGCCAAGCUGCUGGAUUACCAUCUCAAAUAUUACCACAACACAGACAAGGAGGCGGAGCUGGAGGCGGGCUCACCGCCAGGGCCAGGCCGGAGCAGAACCGCCUCUACGUCCCUGCCCGCCACCAGCCCAUUCGAGCCUCUCGUCUGCAAGAGGCAUCGGACCAUCUCCAGCUCCUCUUCCCUGUCCCCUCAAGGUUGUGCCUUAGAGUUCGAGCCUUUAGAUGGAUAUCCGAAACCACCAAAAUUCAGCAAGAAUUUAAAUUCAGUACUCUCGCUCAGUACGGGCAUGCCGGACAUCUUGCUGGACUUUCCAAGGAAAGGCAAGCACUUGGACUGUUUGCACGGUUAUGACCCCAAGAAGGUCAUCGAGAAAGACAAGACCCUACGCCCAGGGCUAAUAAAGACUGAGAAGAAAAACAAGUUUGAAGAGAAGACCCAGCCAAUAGGGAAAAAGAAAGAGAAGGAUAAGGAUCGCAAAGACAAAAAAGACAAGUUUCCCUUUAGAGUGAAACAGAAGAAGAAGAAAAAGAAGAAAAAGAAAUCCAAGCAGCAGCACAGUUACGUGGACUUUGAGGACCUGGCCUUCGUGCGGAGGUGCUCCUCUCCCCUGAAGCACUGCUCCAGCUCCUUCAGCCUGCCCGCCGGCCCCACGUCCAGGCUCCCCAAAGCCAUCCUGUCGGUGGACCUCACAGGCGAGGACCUGUCCGACAUGGACUCGCUGGAGGACUCCACCACUGAGAGCGCCCUCCUGAGCGGGGACGAGUACCGGGCCGAGGACAGUGCGGACCUCGAUUCCCUCGCCAUGGAGCCCUUCCAGGAGGAGGAGGACUACCCCAGCGACAUCGUGCGCUGCGUGUGCGAGAUGGACGAGGAGAACGGCUUCAUGAUUCAGUGUGAGGAGUGCCUCUGCUGGCAGCACAGUGUGUGUAUGGGCCUGCUGGAGGACAGCAUCCCCGAUCAGUACAUCUGCUACAUCUGCAGGGACCCCCCAGGUCAGAGAUGGAGCGCCAAGUACCUUCGUGAUAAGGACUGGAUGACCAAAGGACACAUGUAUGGCCUGUCCUUCCUCACGGAGAACUACUCACACAGCAACGCGGAGAAGAUCGUCUCCACACAUCGGCUGCUGUCUGAUGUCUACAGUGUCAAAGAGGUGCUGCAUGGACUGCAUCUUAAGAUGGAUAUAUUACAGAACACGCACGACCCAAACUUGCACUUGUGGGCCCAGUCGUGGGUGGACGCAGAUGAGAAGCAUUUGGCGUGCAGCCUUCGGGACUGCAUGCACUUCCAAGAGCAUUCUCCCGACGACGCCAACCAGGAUCCCCACGUAGACACCUACAUUGCCAGUGAGCACAGCUACCAGAAACCCUCAGGGCCAGGAUUGGACCCUUGGCCCGCCGUCAGGGAAGACGGGGCUUGGCUGGGGCCGGCCCCGAUCAAAGAGGAGGAGGAGAGGACGGCGAUCAGCGUUUCCGGCUUCCUGAAUGCCAGCGGCCCCGAAGUGUCUGAGCAGGAAAGGAACUGCCUUGAAUGGCAGCUGAACCUUCUGACUCACAUCGAGGACAUGCAGAGCCAGGUGGCAGGCAGGAUGGACCUCAUCGAGAAGGAGCUGGAUGUGCUGGAGAGCUGGCUGGAUUUCAGCGGGGAGCUGGAGCCUCCAGACCCUCUCGCCAGGCUCCCCCAGCUCAAACGCCGGAUCAAGCAGCUCCUCACCGACCUGAGCAAGGUGCAGCAGAUAAGCUCACUGUGCUCUGCCUGAGCCAGGAUCCUGGAGCCGCGGCGGCGACGUCGUUCCUCCCCAGCGUGGUGCUUUCGCGUAGAUGAAAGUUCUGGGUCUCGCAGUCCAAGCACAGCAUCGAGAUCCAGUGUCUGAGGCAAAGAAGAUGCACAUGGAAUUGGGUGAAAAUGAGAUAUAGCUGUAUCCAGUAUCUAUAAGACACAAGAAAGUUGAGCAACCUAAGAAACUAUUUAUGUUGUAUUCAGGAGGUAAUAGAUUCAUAUAACGGGAAAAAUGAGCACUUUCCUGCAUAUGUUUCAUUUACAAUGAGACCUACAGAUGUGAGGAAUGAGAUAUGAACGUCUCCUGUUGCCCUAAUACAGUGUGUUUAAUGUUGGGUGUGUAAGAACUGCAAAUAAUGUGGAAGUGAUGGAAAGGGAUGGAACCCACGAAUGUGUCACCUAGAACAGGACGGGUAACAUUUCUAGCCUCUCUCCUGCCCACUUACGGGAGCAUUACUGUAGAAGUUCAGCCUGCCCUUCCAUUUGAGGUCAAACAGGUGAUUUAUUGUUGACCUUUCUAGGAUUUUAUAUCUGUAAACCUGACUUCAUAACAUAGCUGUUGUGCCAAGUAAAGAAGAUGUACAACUCAGAAGUUCUAUGUAGCAGUGAGCAUGGACAUUGGGUUGAAAUUGCAGAUUUUUUUUUUUUUUUUAAAAAAAGACGUGUGACACGUUUAUUGACAAAGUAUUUUUGCUUUUAGUCAGAAAAGGUGCUUUCUCCAUAACAUUGGUGUGUUCAGAGAAGUCUGAAGAGACUUGGACCAUGUUGGUUCUGUCCGCGGCCAUUUGAUGUCCAUCGACGGGCCCAGGUUUGGCUGGUCCGCACCCUGUACUGCGAGCCUUCUGCAGUUAGCUAGCGUUAAACUGUGUGCUUGUUGCAGAUAAGAGCAGAAAAUAACAUGGUGAAACAUUUUGAGGUUUUGAACAGUGUACAGUUUUUGUAACAAAAGCAAAAGUAAAUAAAAUGGCUACGACUAUUUGGCAUUUCUAGUAAUCUGUAUAUAGUAUGUUUUAGAAAUGGUAUGGUAUGAAAUUCAAAGUAGACAUUCACUUCUGUACCAGCUGUACAUUCAGAAUUUUAUUAAAACAUGGGCUGUUCUGUAAAAUACUAUAUGUAAAACUGUUCAAUAAAAAUAUAUUAAUUCUCA